UGGCGGUUGCGAUGGGCCGAAAGGGCGUAAUAUAAUAUAUACGUGUGUGCGUAUAUAUAUAUAUUUAAAAAAUGGUUUCAAUAUAAAUGUGAUUAAACAUGUCAGUGUAUUUUAACAUGAAAUAUCCUGAAACUAUCAUAGAAUUGUGUACGCUAAAAUACCAAUAUUUCCUAUUAUAACUUGCCAUAAAACAUUUUAAAUCUCGUCUCUGAGUGAGUUCUACGUAUGAGCCGUCCUGUGGUUCUUAAGCUGCUUCUCACGCGUUUUCCUGAGGAAAGAGGCUACACCAAUGAGCAUGACUAGCUACAUACGCCUGACUGAAAACAGGGGAAGUAGUCCUCCUGUAACUUCAACCAUGCUGCACGGAAGAAGAGGCGAUGGCCUGGUUAUCCUGAGACCCGCUGGCUACACCGGACACCCAAAAUAUUGGCCCUUGAUGCCGAAGGCUAAAUCGUCAGACAGAUAGCUGAUGGGCUCCAAGACUGCGUUUGUUAUUAUUGCCAGCAAGUUAACACAAGAGCACAUCACAGAGUACAAAGGAGUGUUUGAGAUGUGUGACGAAAAGGGAAAUGGAGAUGUGAAGACACAGGAGCUAGAAAGGCUGAUGAAUUUAAUGGGGAUCAAUCCUACAAAGCGAGAUCUCAGCCAAAUGGCCAAAGAUGUGGACAGAGAUGGUGAUGGGAUGUUUAACUGUGACAGCUCUGGUCUAUUGGCACUGUACAACGAAAGAACCAAGAACCAGGAUGCUGAACUCAGAGCUGCUUUUAAAGUAUUUAACAAAGACGUCAAAGGAUAUAUCGACUGGAACACAUUCAAAUAUGUACUGAUGAAUUCAGGGGAACCACUUACUCAAAUUGAGGCAGAGCAGAUGAUGAAGGAGGCAGAUAAAGAUGGAGAUGGAACCAUUAAUUAUUCAGAAUUUGUGAGCAUGAUGACUGGGUACUCGUUCAAAAAUGAACUGAGGAUAUUCUGCAGCUGCUGUUAA